UUGAGCCUACGUUUAGUGGUUCGAUUUAAACACGCUUUAAGAGUGUUGUUUAAAAUCACGAAACUCCAAGCGCUAAGCUCUUUCGUCACAAACCUCUCAAGAAUGAAUGAAUAACGUGGUGCAACGCGGAGCGCAUGCUGAACGCAAUUGCUUAGCUUUGCUAAAAAAGUGCUACUGCGAUGCGGCAGUUGUCAGGGGGAUAUCGGAGAGGAGGGUGUGUGAUUGGCUGAGGUGGCCCUGUUGCCUUGGCGACGGCAGGGGGGGUACGGAAGCGUUGCCGUGCGGCGUGAUCUCCGCGCUGCGUGGAUGGAGGAAGCAGCUGCUGAUCUUUUGACACAGCGCGAGCGAAAGGCUACUGCAUGAAAGCACGGGAGCUUUUGUCGUCGAACGCGACAAUAGAAUGCACGAAUAUCCUCCUGGUUUGAUGGGUCCGAUAAUCGGGAUGUCUCCAGAUAAGAAAGCUGAAUCCCCUGGAGCUCAGGGCGUGUGUGGAGGAGGGACUCUCCCUGAGGCAGAUAGAGCUUCUAGUCCCUUGGCCACGAGUCUGGACCAGAUCGGUCGUGCUGGAACGCUGAGCAUCGCUGGAGGUGAAUCUGAAGACGACGAGUUAACCAACCUGAACUGGCUUCAUGAGAACUUGCUGCAGAACUUCUCACUCGGUGGACCCGAGGCACAAGCAAACAACAGCCCGCUGUUUGACAUAGAGGGAGGCGGAGGAUCGCCGAACAGCAACAACACCUCCUCGGCCUCUUCCGUUUCGGCGGGGAGCGCAGGAGAUCCUUACAAGUCAAAGCCUCCCUUCUCUUUCUCCUUACUGAUUUACAUGGCUAUCGAACAGUCUCCCAGCAAAUCUCUCCCUGUGAAGGACAUCUAUGGCUGGAUCCUUAAGCACUUCCCAUAUUUCUCUAGCGCCCCUACUGGCUGGAAGAACUCGGUGCGCCAUAACCUGUCCCUCAACAAGUGCUUCUGCAAAGUGGAGCGAAGCAUAGGGAAGACCAAUGGGAAAGGCUCUCUUUGGUGCGUUCACCCUGAGUUCCGGCCCAUGCUGAUGCAAGCUCUGAGGAAGCAGCACUUCCCGAACGCACACGUCUUCUGCACCCCUCCCGCCUCUCCCCCUAGUGCCUCUUCUCCUCCUCAUCACCUUUUCAUGUCAGAGCAGGGCUGUGCCCUAAAAGAAUGUGAUUUUGACGCUGCCACCGCCAUGAUGCUGUUAAAGUCUGCCUCUGAGCAGAACAUUGACUCAUAUGACCAAGAUGGACCCAUCGAUCUUUCACGAAGGGACGUGGUAGUUGUGAGCCGGGAUCCAAAGCAGGAUCAUAAUUACAGCAGCACCCCCACACCUCCCUGUCCUCUUCAAAAACCUUCACAUCCGCUUGACUUCAGCCUGGGUUUGCACCACGAGCAGGAUAAAGUAGGUCGGGGCCGAUGGGCACGAAGCCCGCUGCAGGGCCCGUUAUCAGGGAAGAGGAGCAGGAGAGAUUCUCGGCCUGAGGUGGACGAGGAGCUGAAGGAGGCAGCAGGUUCGCUCCUGCACCUGGCCGGCAUUCGCACCAGUUUAGUCGCCUCGAGACGCAAGAGCAGGAAGCUCAGUAGAAAAUGAUCCCCAACCCUGCGAACUCUCCCACCCCUAUUCUGUGACUUAAUCCUGUGGCCUGCCCAACCUCUCUCUUCUGGUUUGGUGUAUCUUCCUUCUUGUUGAGAUAUGUUUUGUUUUUUAACCACUCAUCAAACACGGCAAUACAAACACAGGAGAGAAAAGCCAUACAGAUCAGAACGAACAGCCCACAUCAUUUGAGUUUAUCAGUGAGUGUUAAUUCUAAAAAAAAAGUGCAAGACUGGUAAAAAACCUCAGACUUUGAAGAUUUGCAUGCUUCCACCUCUAAAUCAACACAAACGUAUUUAUACAGAAAAUGAAUGCAUGGAUUUUAAGAGCUCCUAUGUCCUCUCCUGUUUGUGCAUCAUAGAUGGGGAAAAAAAUGAAGAUAAUUUUUUUGAAAGUGCCAUUGUUUUUGGAUCACAAGACCUUUGUUCAUAAACGUGAAAUGAAGAGAAAUGCAAUAAUUUGUUGACCUAAAUACCUGUAGUUAUUUUAUUUUUGUACUGCUGGUUUAUAUCCUGUGUGAUGGUGAUGGCAUGCCCCUGGGAGCCUUUUGCUGCCGCAGUUAUGAUGUCAAAACCAUGUGACUUCUCCUGUGCAUCCUAAAUGGAUUGGUUUUGCAUCCCCAACCACUUUGACUUAUGGGGAAAGCUGGAGAACAGAUUUAACACUUUUCCUUGCAUGCACAUCAACCUCAGUGUUUCUCCAACACUACUGAUCUCCGUCACCAGGUUUUGUACCAUCCUACGCUGCACUGACAUUAUUAUUCUGUCCGUGUGCGUAUUGCUUGCUAUUGGAGCUAAUCAUUAAACGCCAAUCACAACAAGAAUUUUACCUCUACUGUAAGAAAUUUAAACCACUUUACCUUCACUGCUUCUUGACAUUUUGUUGCAAUGUGUCUUCAUUGUUGUGUUAAAUUGCUUCAAUCUGUGUGACGAUGCCUCCAGUAGGGGGAGCUGUGCAGCUUAACAUUUUCCACCCCACUCCAACCCUCCGGAGAGUUCCCAACGCUUGAGGAAACCAGAGACAAUGUGAACUGCACAACUAAUGGGCCUGCAAAGGAGCAAAAACAUUUUCUGCAGCUCACAUAUGGGGCUGAUUGAGGGGUGAAGUCAUAGGAACAGAACCACAGGACGUGAAAUUAAAUUUGUGUAGCAAGGAGCUGGAAGGUGAUUGGAGAGUCAGCCGCACACAGGAACAUGACAGAAGCAUAGCUGGAUGAGGACUGCAAACGUUCUGGGUUC